UGGACCCACGGCCACACGGUCACAUGGCCACACAGCCACGCAGCCACAUGGCCACAUGGCCACACGGUCACAUGGCCACACGGCCACAUGGCCACAUGGCCACACAGCCACAUGGCCACACAGCCACAUGGCCACACGGCCACACAGCCACACGGCCACAUGGCCACACGGCCACACAGCCACACGGCCACACAGCCACACGGCCACAUGGCCACAUGGCCACAUGGCCACAUGGCCACAUGGCCACAUGGCCACAUGGCCACGUGGCCACAUGGCCACAUGGCCACAUGGCCACAUGGCCACAUG